UUAAGAAUGGGUGAUGUUGAGAAAAGCAAAAAGAUUUUUAUACAGAAGUGUGCCCAGUGCCACACGGUUGAGAAGGGAGGCAGACACAAAACCAGGCCAAAUCUCCAUGGUCUCUUUGGGCAGGAGAGAGGUCAGGCUGUUGGAUUCUCUUGCACAGAUGCCAACAAGAACAAAGGCAUCACCUGGGGAGAGGAUACAUUGAGGGAGUAUUUGGAGAAUACCAAGAAGUACAUCCCCGGAACAAAAAUGAUCUUCGCUGGCAUCACGAAGAAGGGAGAGAGGGCAGACUUAAUUGAGUACCUCAAAAAGGCUACUAAUGAGUAAUAGUCACUGUCUUAUUACAGAAGAGAAAUGUCUCAUGGCUUUUUUACGUGUACCAUGCUUUAAUAGAUCUCAUACACCAGAAUUUAGAUCAUGAGUGGCUGACAGAAUAUUUUUGUUGGAUAGUCCUGAUUUAAGUAAAAUUGGCUUGUAGUUAAAUGGAUAUCUUUUUCCUCCCAAGUUUUGAUAGUAAUUCCACUUCAGUAAAUACUAUCA